AUGCCCUCCUAUCCAGAGGACCUAUUGGUUUGCCUUGAUUCGGGUGCGCGCAACCACAUGUCUUCCCAAAAAGAGCUUUUCACAAAUACAACGCCUUAUCGAAAGAAGAUCUGGGGCCUCGGCGGUGGGAGCGCCAUCUCUGAGUUUAAGGGGACAAUGACAUUCACAGUUCAGUCGGCAGGUGGAUUCCAAACUCUUGAGUUUCACGAUACUUUAUAUUUCUCUCCGGAUGUUGAGCCUGAGGAGGUUAUCCCUAAUUUGAUAUCUGUCUCUCGGCUCUUCAAACAAUAUCCCAAUGCCCGGCUUCUGUUCACUACUGAAGGUUGUUCGGUUGAGAUGAAUCAAGGCCAGGGACAAGUCAUUUAUAUUCCUGUAAAAGGGGGAGAUUACAAUUUUGUGAUGGUCAAGGAAAUCCCGGCUCCCGAGCAAGGCCACCAUCACCAUGAGGAUAAAGGGGAUCGCAAGAAGUGCAAGGAGUGCAAGGAAUACAAAGAUCGCAAAAAGUGCAAGAAGUGCAAGAAAUCGCAAGAGGUGCAAGAGAUGCAGGAGGUGCAAGGAGUGCAGCAUUUGAAGGAUGUCAAGGACAAAUCGAGAUGA